AUGGCUCCCCAAAACGAAAUCGCCACCGUCGACGUGCGCUCGGAGAAAGACGAUGCGGUCCAACACCCCACUCAGAAUCUGGAUGCUAGCAAAAAUGCCCAUGAUACACCUUUCCCCGUCGAUACCUCGGCCGGUCGCAGGAACCCCGUCGGUUCGCGCUUGGGCUCUCUGCUGAGAGCCUUUGAGCAGCAGCUCGUCGAGUAUAAUUUGGAGGCACGGGGUAUCGAGCGUGUUGCGCCGGAGGAGCGCAUGAAGCGCUUAUCAUGGAUGUCGUACCUGCAAGCGUUUUUGCUGUGGUUUUCGAUCAAUCUGGCGGCGAACAAUAUUACGCUUGGAAUGCUGGGGCCUGCGGUCUAUGGGUUGAGUUUCACGGACUCGGCUCUGUGUGCUGUCUUUGGCGUUACUGUCGGCUCUCUGGUUUCCGCGUGGAUGGCGACUUGGGGACCUAUUUCGGGUAUUCGAACUAUGGCGUUUGGCCGGUACUCGAUGGGAUGGUGGCCUAGUAAGAUUAUUGUUCUUUUGAACUUGAUUCAGAUGAUUGGGUAUUGCUUGAUCGACUGUGUUGUUGGAGGGCAGAUCCUGUCUGCUGUUUCGCCCGGAGGAAUGUCCGUUGCUGUCGGUAUUGUCAUUAUUGCGAUCAUCACUUGGGUCGUGGCGACGUUUGGCAUUCAAGCCUUCCACUACUACGAGCGAUUUGCCUUCCUACCCCAGCUCAUCGUCUUCAGUAUUCUGUUCGGUGUCUCUUCAGUGAAGUUCGACUUGACCACCGCUUCCACUGGCGAUCCCAGCACGGUGGCCGCUAACCGACUAUCCUUCUUUUCCAUCUGCCUAAGCGCAGCAAUCACCUACUCCCCACUAGCAGCAGACUUCUUCGUCUACUAUCCCGAACACACCUCUCGCCUCACAAUCUUCACCUUAACCCUAACAGGCCUCGUCUGUUCUUUCUCCUUCGCCUUAAUCUCAGGAAUAGGCCUAGGCUCCGGAAUCACCAAUCAUGCCGAAUACGCAGCAGCCUACACAAAAGGCCAAGGAGCCCUGUUAGUCGAAGGUUUCGGACCCCUACACGGUUUCGGCAAAUUCUGCUCCGUCAUCGUUGCACUAGGCCUUAUCGCCAAUACCGUCGCGCCGACUUACUCCUCCGGAGUGGAUUUCCAGAUCCUAGGCCGCUACGCCGAGCGCGUCCCGCGCGUGAUCUGGAACACUGUUGGUGUUAUCAUCUAUACCGUUUGCGCACUUGCAGGCCGGGCUCAUCUGUCUGAGAUCUUUACGAAUUUCCUCUCGUUGAUGGGGUACUGGGUUGCUAUUUGGUUUGCCAUUGUGCUUGAGGAGUUCUUGAUCUUCCGGUGGAAGAGCGGGUAUGUCUGGACAGCGUGGAGAGAUCCGAAGAAACUCCCUAUUGGGUUUGCGGCUUUUGCGGCCUUUGUUGUUGGGUGGGUUGGGGCUAUCUUGUGUAUGGCCGAGGUUUGGUAUAUUGGACCGAUUGCGAAGUUGGUUGGUGAUUACGGUGCUGAUAUGGGUAACUAUGUUGGUUUUACCUGGGCGUUGCUUGUUUAUCCUCCUUUGAGAUACUUGGAGCUCCGGUUUGUGGGUCGGUGA